AUGUUCCUCUACAAGGCUUUGUUCGUGAUGCUCGAGGCCGUAAAGUCGUCGCCAGUUCAGUUGGCCGAGUUGUUGAGAACUUCCCCAGCUCAAGGCUUCCUUUGCAUUGACGGACGCCAGCUCGAGCAGAAAAAGGUCUCUCGGCUCGCACCGGACCUGGCUUCAGCAUCGACAACAUCAGGCGGCUCAGCUGGCAGCGGCAUCGGGCUACCAGCUCAAACGCGGAAACUUGCUCAGCAACUCCUACCAGUCUCCGAUCGAGAGCUGCUCGCUGAACGUGAUCCCCACUUGCGGCGCCUUUUGCGCGGCGUUCCUGAUGAUGCUCCUCCUCAGCUGGGUCGCACCUGCCACAUCAAGCUCUAUGAAGAGAUGUUGCGAGCAGCUCAGUGCAAGGAUACAUCUCUGACGGGAAGGCUUCGCUCGGGUUUCCCCAUCGUGGACCGCAUUGAGGAAUCUCAACAAUGGCCUGCGUUCGCCAAGCCUCAAGAUCCAGUACCUGUUCAGGAAGCACUUCGCAGGGCCUGGGAGUUCAAGAGGAAGAUCUUUCAGAGGUGUGCUGCAGUUCCAGUAAACGACAACCUCAGAGCCAUAUGGAAGUCGACUAUCGAGGACGUGGAGGAAGGCUACUCUGUUGGCCCGCUCGCGGAUGAGGCUGAGGUCUCUGCCUUCAUUGGCUCCGAAGAGUGGAUCCCGACUCAGAGGUUCGAGGUCGUCCAGAAGAGCAAGGUCAGAGGUUGUGACAGUGCAACCUCCAACUUGGUCAACAGGACGGCAGUGAUCACUGAGAAGCUGCAGCUCCCGUCUACCCUAUCGGGUCGCCAAAGGUUGCAAGGUUGGGUCCUUGACGAGAGGAAAGCCUAUCGGCAGAUUCCAGUCAAAGUGGACCAUCGUCGUUUCACAGUGAUCUGCCUAAAGGACCCCGGAGACCACAAGCCUAAGUACUUUGUGAUGAUCGGCCACUCGUUCGGGCUCGUCUCUGCAGUCUAUAAGUACAACCACAGAUCUGCGGCCAUCAAUGACAUCUUUGAGGAGAUCUUCUCAAUGAUCUCCUUCAACUUCUAUGAUGACAAGUACGGGUUCGAGACCUGUGCGACAGCUCCGUCGGCAAGGAAAGUGGCGGAGGAAAUCCACUUUCGCCUGGGCGCCCAGUUCGAGGCGAAGAAGCUCCAACUCUCCUUGUCUCCAGUGAUCCUGGGGGUCACCUACAACCUGGACUCGAUGGUUCUGGAGAUCGAGAAGGAGAGGAAGGAAGAGCUCGUGGAGACUAUCGACUCCAUCCUCCACGCAGGGACUCUUGAUCCGGGGUCGGCGGGCAAGCUCAAAGGCAAGUUGAUGUUCGGGUCGAGCCAGCUCUGGGGAAAAGCCGGGAGAGCUUUCUUUCGCCCCCUCUCGGAGCGGCAGUACCUGAAAGACCUGACGGAAGAUCGGACACGCCUAACCGAGCCCUUGAUCAAGGUGCCAGAAGAAGUGCGACGUGGUGAUCUUCACGGAGGCUUCACCCCGGAUCUACGCAAGAAAGAACGAGGCCUUGAUCGUGUGGGGGCAGUCAUGUUCGACCGCCGCGAUGAUCAUCCUCGACAGUUCUCUGCAGUGAUCCCUGAGAAAGUGGUUCGUAAGUGGCUCUUCCGCAAGACCCAGAUCGUCCCCAUGGAGAUGAUCGCCACGGUCCUCGCGAUCGAGACCUUCAAGGAUCACCUGAGAGGCAAGGACGUUCUGCUUCUGAUUGAUUCGGAAGCGGUAGAAGCCUCGCUCGUGAAGGGCUAUUCGUCAAAGCAAGAUCUCUGCGAAAUUAUUGAGCUUUUCUGGGACCUUGCUCUUGAACUCAGAAGAAUUUCUUUAUCGAUCGAAUCUCUUCGGAUUCGAAUCCAGUGGACUGGCCCUCUCGGGAUCAGCUGUCUAUCGGCGAAGCCAUGGGUGCUGGGCCUGGGAUGGGCUGCUGGUCGUUACCCGUUCGGGAAGAUCGGUGACUUGUUGUUCUGA